AUGAACGCGGCGCCCGGCCUCUUACAAUCAAGACUCGAAAGCGAUAUCUCUUCUGCUACUCUUGCGAAACAAUGGAGGAAGCUCGCAUUCUUCUACCUGGCGUGGUGUGUCCGAUCGGAAUCAUCAAAGUUUAUUCAGGGGAUAGCCGGCCGGUCCGCGUUGUACUGCUCCGCUGCCGCUCUCACAUUAAGCCUCGUACCCUACACCAUCAUAGUGAUGCGCAAGACCAAUGCAACGCUGAUUGAAAAAGCGAAGAUUGAUCCCAGAUUGGCUGAGAAAGAGGGCGGGGAGAUCGAUACGCUUGUUCGCAGUUGGAUCUCACUCAAUAGCUUCCGGAGCCUGCUACCUUUGGCCGGGGGUGUUGUGGGCAUUGUGGCCGCGUUUUCCUGA